AUGACCCCAGGAGAACAUAUUCCGAUCAUUGACACCCACAUCCAUCUCUUUGCCCAAUCUCAUCUGCCACGCCUAGCAUGGACGAGCGAUCUACCAACAGAUCAUGUCCUGAAUCGAGGCCACACCGUUGAUGUCUACAAAGCUGCUACCAGUGGCGUCAGCAAUCUUGUGGGGUUCGUCUUCCUCGAAACGGACCGCAAAUCCGGGCUUGUAGAAGAUCAAUGGGCCGAUGCACUUCAAGAAGCUGCAUUCUUGUCUAGGGUUGUGAGAGGCGAGCCGCUACCAGGUGAGGGCCACGAACGCGCGGAUAGCAAAUUGGUGCUGGGAGUUGUACCAUGGGCACCUGUCCCAGCCGGAGGGAAUGCUCUGGCAAAAUAUGUUGGCAGAGUGUGGGACAUGUAUCCGGGCGAUCACAGAGACAAGGUGAAGGGCUUCCGCUACUUGCUUCAGGACAAGCCUCGGAAUGUCAUGCUACAGGGAGAUUUUAUCGACGGCCUGGUCUGGCUAGGUGAGCACAACCUGUCGUUCGACCUUGGGAUCGAUGCAAGAUCGACCGGACUCUUUCAACUGGAGGAGGCUAUCCAGAUGAUGGAGAAGCUACGCGACCGGAGUUCUCCUGUGAAGAUUAUCAUCAACCAUCUCUGCAAGCCGAACUUGCGGCUCUCUGGCACUGAGGACGUCCGAUCACAACCCGAUUUUGUUCGAUGGAAGGCUCUCAUUGAGAAACUUGCCGGCCAUGAUUUCUCCUACAUGAAGCUGUCCGGUCUGUUCUCGGAACUUCCGCCACAGUCGACAGACACUCCGGACGAUACUGAAUCGUUCGUGAUUCGAAACUAUGUUCGGUAG